GACGCACGCGCACUCAGGAGACGAACAGACGCGCGGACGUACGUAGUAAAGUAACUAUUUCCUUUUUAAGUAUAGAACAAAACGUGUAAAUAUUAAUCAGUGAAGUGUAAUGGUAAUGGUAUUAAUAUUUUAUUGAAAAGUGAUAGUCAUAUCAGAACAACAAACUGUGAUUAUAAUUGCACAAAAUUGUUGGGACAAACAUCCAAACAUUAAAACAAAAAUACGUAGGUAUUCUUGGCCACGUAUUCAAACUAGUAAUUAACUAUAUUAAAAUCAUUGCUGAUGCAAUUGAUAAAAAUUCAAAGUUUGAUGAUAAAGUAAAAGCAAAAGAAUCAUUUGAAAAUGAAGAACUGUUGGAAGUCUAUGAUGAGCUUGAAGCUGCUGGUGCUGAUCUCGCUAUGCAUACCUCCUCUGAUGACACAUCCGACGGCACCUGUGCAACUGACGGGUGGUCAGGUUCAGGGGUCAGUGUCUCUAGACGGGUCACACUUGCAAUACCUCGGCAUACCCUAUGCUACCGUUACGCACAGAUUCCAAGAAGCUGAACCGAAUCCAACAUGGGACGGCGUGUUGAACGCUCGCAAUGAACACAUCAGGUGCAAGCAGCGCUUCAUGGGGUCCCGUAUCCUCGGCGAGGAGGACUGCCUCACCCUCAAUGUAUACACCCCUAAGGAGACCAGCGAUUCCCCGCUGCCUGUCAUGGUGUUCAUCCAUGGGGGCGGCUUCAGGGACGGCUCCGGAUCGCCCUUCGCCUACGGACCCAAGUUCCUCGUCAAACAUGGAGUUAUCCUAGUUACCCUCAACUACAGAGUCGAAGUCUUAGGAUUCCUCUGCCUGGGCAUUAAGGAAGCACCCGGCAAUGUUGGUAUGAAAGACCAAGUCGAAGCUCUCAAAUGGGUGCAGAACAAUAUAAGAGCAUUCGGUGGAGACCCCGAUAAUGUAACUAUUUUUGGAGAAAGUGCAGGAGCCGCUUCAGUCAGUUUUCACUUACUGUCUCCGAUGUCUAAGGGUUUGUUUCACAGAGCGAUCAUGCAGAGUGGAUCCGCUCUGGCACACUGGGCUUUGCAGUUUGAACCUUUGACCAUAGCGAGCCGUCUUGCCGAACAAAUGGGAUAUUCCACAGAAGACCCUGUUGAAAUCUACAAUUUAUUCGCUAACAUGACAGCUGAGGAUCUGCUUUCCCACCGUGUGCCUCGUAAGAAAGGUGACAUCUAUAGCUCAGAGAUUAUAUUUGUGCCCUGCAUUGAAAAGAAGAUACAUAAUGUAGAACGAUUCUUGCCCGACAGCCCUUAUAAUCUGAUUACGGAGGGUAAAUAUAACAAGGUUCCAGUAAUUAUUGGAUUUAACAACGAAGAAGGUUACUACUUCACUGGCAGAGAAAAUGAGACUACUCUGGCCAACGUGAACUUCUAUGAUGCGCUGCCACGAGACCUAAUGUUCCCUACAGAUGAGGAAAAGACGAAGACAGCUAAAAUGUUCGACGAGCUUUAUAUGAAUGGUGAAAAAAUUACUGAUAAAAAAGAUUCUCUUAGUAAGUUCUCACGCUUCGAAGGUGAUGCGAUAGUUAUUUACCCCGUGGUGGCUACUAUGGAGUUGUUCCUGCGCACGUUGAAUAAGCCUGUGUUCGCUUAUAAGUUCCAAUACGAUGGUGCUCUGAAUUAUGCUAAGAUGGCGUUAGGCUUUCGUGGCUCCCCGGGCGCCACACACGCAGACGAACUGUUCUACUUAUUUAGUUCUCUGGCCUUGCCUGCCAACUUGGAAUUCAAGUUCAUAAACAAAUUCACUGAAAUGUGGACCAACUUCGCCAAAUACAGCAACCCCACUCCACCAUCAUCAUCGAUCUUGCCACAAUGGGAUGCAGCAGAGCUCCCGGAGCCCAAGCUGAUGGUGAUAGACAAGGUACUGUCCAUGGCGCCGAUAUGGGAGGACAACACCCAUGCUCUGCAGUUGUGGAACACCACUUAUGCAAAGUAUAGGAAAACGAGGCCAGAAAAACGCGUUCUUCUUAGUAUUAAGAAAACUUUCCAGUUAAGUAUAGGAAAGUCGUAACUGAAAUAAAUAUCAAAGAUAGUUGUUACUGUGUUACAUGAUUGGCAAAAUUAACAUUCAGAACCAAUUUUCAUUGUAAGUUGAUGAAAUCCCACAGUGAUCGUUUUAACAUUAAUUUCUUGGUGUUAUUGACCAAUAACUUUUGAACGUGAGUCACAAAAAUCGUGCAGAAGUAAAUGACGUAGGUGAGUACGUAUUAAAGAGUUCUGACAUUAAUAAACGUAAACUAUUGAGUGCCAUUGAUUAUAACGACAAGUAAAUUAUGUAUUUGAAAACUCCUGAAAUGACUAAUAAUAUUGAAUUGCUUGUUCUGAAGUUGCAAUGUCUACUGUACAAAUUGUGAAUAAAAUUGGUGAUAAUACAA